UCUAGAAAUAGCAAGUCGCUCUCUGCAAUGGUGGCUGCUAAAAAGUCUAUCAAUAACAGUCAUACACCUUCUCCGUUACAACAGCAAGUACUUGCAAGAUCUCCAUCCAUCAGCAGCAAUAAUUCCAACCACUCCACGACAAGUUCUUCUCAGGCGCAAUUUGUAAUCCUGUUGGAUAAGACUCCCCAGAACUUGACUCCUACGCAGAGAUUACAAUUGCGCAAACUGCAACUUAACAACAGCAUCUCUAAGUUCAAAUCAGACGACACAAAUAUCAGUUUGCCAGAUGAAGAAAUCGACGUUGCAGACGUUCAGUUUCUGAUGGCUCUCUUUAAUGCUCCGCUUUCGCAACAAUUUACUUCUAUCAGCCACCGUGAAAAGUUUCUCUUUGAUAACACCGAAAGAAAGUCGUCUUUGACCAAUAGCGAUUCAACAAGAUCUUCGUCAAUUCUCAGUCAGGAUAGUUUUAACGAAACCAGCUCGUCUGUGUCAGACUAUGAGGAUGUCUCGUUUGCAUUCUACAAGAGUGUCAAUAGUUCGUUUUCGAGUCUUGAGUUCAGCUCCAUCUCUAGAGACGCUCAGGAAUUGACCCUCUUGUUCAAUAAGGAUGAGUCCGUUCAGAUCGCCGAAGAAUCAGCAUGCCGUCAACAGAUGUUGAAUAGCUUCAGAAAAGUCCCCAGUCCACAAACUUCAACUGCCUCACCCAAUCCCCUUCAAUCUUAUUCCUCUUCCAGACCUCUUGCUAGGAAUCAUUCCGUUUCCCGGCCUCAAGCACCAAGGCAGAACCUACCACCACUUCCUCCUUCUCAGUCACAGGUAGGGCGUUCCUCUUCGGUUUCCAAGUACUACACUUUUACCAGACCUACAUGGUUACCUCCAAAAUCAUCAUACGACAAACGUAAGCAUCAAAAAGAAUCUGAAGAUAUUCUUCUAAAUGCAAUGAAGAUAGAAGCAGAGCAACUGCGCAAGAAAUUGAUUCAAUUACAAACAAUCAAGAAGCAAAAACUCAAGGACUUGAAGGUUUGGGAAGCAUUGACAGCUCUCCCAACAAUGGAAGAUUACGAGGAAAAAUUAUCAUCAGUGAAAAGUUUCGAUGGUAUGUAUUGGAGAGGAAUCCCAGAAAGUGUUAGAGGAAAGGUUUGGUGGAGAAACUUGAACUCCAAAUUCAAAUUCUAUCCCAACGGAAAAAAGGAUGCUCACAUGAACAAGUUCAAUGUCCAAUUUUGCGAAUACUACUUCCAAAUGUACGACAGUGUUGUAUUACCAAAUGUGAAGCAAUUGGAAAAGCUUGCACGCGAACACAACCAGAUGAAGGUAAUCGUGGAUCAGUAUGAAGGUCAUGGUGUAAGAACUGUGAAGCGUUCACUUUAUUUGGAUGCAAAAUCAGCCGAAACAAAGGCAGCUCAAAAACUCAAAACACUUCAAAACAUACACAUCAGUGAUUGCAACAACAUGAAGUUGUCCACCUUGAAGUCCUUAUACGAUACAAUUACAACAGAUUUGUUAGAUGUGUACCCGGAUUUGAAUCAUUUCCAAAACUUUGACAUUAUUCAGAAAUUGACCAAGAUUAUUACUUGUUUUGUAUUGUAUUUACACCAAAAUUCUGGCUCUCAGGAUGACAACAUCACCAAGUUCUAUUUCGCAGGUUUGAAAAACUUGGUGGCUGUCUUCCAAUUCAACUUCAAGAAUACUUACAAGACAUUUGUCACUAUCUGUCAAUUUUUCGACGACCAUAUUCCAAGUUUGCUAUUGAACUUGAGAGUCCUUGAAGAUAAAGCUGCGCAGGCCCUUUUAUUGGAUUCUUUCUCCAAUUUGUAUCUCAAUGCUUUUGAGCAACAUUUUAUGAAGAACUUGGAGAGAUUGUAUAUUCACUUUAAGGUUGUUCAUUUGAAACCAAUCGACUACUUACCUAAUUUGAUAUUGGGUUUGUUUACCGACCUUCUUAAUUUCGAACUUUCCAAUCACAUUCUUGAUAUUUAUGUUUUUGAAUGUGGAAAGUUUGACGAAUUUGUUACAAGACUUAUUUUAGGUUUCUUCACGCAAAUAGGACACAAAUUGUACGGUUCAAGAGACGAAAUUUUGAAGACACUUAAGGGCCUCGAUUUCAAAGUCGAUGGUAACGACGAUAUUUAUAGAUAUUUCAACGUUGGUUAUGAACACGAUUUUAUAGAAACUAUCAGAUCUGUUAAGAUAUAG